CAUUUACCUGAUUUGCCCAAUUAAUCCUAACCUCACGUCAGCACCUUCACCGUCAACUUUGGAACACAGGGUCCAUAGAGUGCACAGCCACCCGCGGUCCGUUCUGCUGGUAAGGAACGAGAGAGAUAAUUGUGAUCUUUCUCUUCAACACCCACCCACCACAAGGUUCGUCCCGUUUCCUCACGUCGACUCUUUAGCUAAGACUCAAGAAAGGCGUCCAUGAUCAAGCCGUUUGAAUUGGCGCCUUAGACUAGCAAACCGAGCCAACUCGACACUAAUUUAGAGCCGUUUGCGGCGACGCGGGCCGGAACUCGACGACUUCUACACGAAUCGCCAAGGCAGCAACGGAGGAACGGCCGGCGAUAAGUACGAAGUGCCUACCUAUCCAGGCGCAUACAUACGGUAGACGUCCAUCUUAUAAAAGCCCACCCAAACCUAUCCUCUACACACCAACACAACACCAAAUCCCCCGAAGAGCCCACCCCCGCUAUUCAAUCCCGAUGCGCGACCCGUUCCCCAUCCCGCGAUGGCUCAGCAACGCGGUCCAGCCGCUCACCGGCACGCUGCACCUGAACACGCUACACCUGCACAUCCACGAAGUCAUCCUCGUCUACCUCUUCUACACCUUCAUUAACGGCCGCCUGUCGCCCUACGCUUCGUCGCGCCUGCUCGGCGAGACAUACGACGCCUGGCCGCGCCGCACGAAGCUGGGGUGGAACAUGCACGUCACGGCGUUCCUGAACUCGAUCGUGCUGUCGGGCGCGGCGCUGUACGUCAUCUUCUGCGACCUGGACCGCGCGCGCGAGACGUGGGAGGACCGCAUCUGGGGCUACACGGGCCUCGGGGGCCUGGUGCAGGCGGUGGGCGCCGGCUACUUCGUGUGGGAUGUGCAGGUGUGCGUUGCGAAUUUCGAUGUGCUGGGCGUGGUGGACUUGCUGCAUGCUUUGGUGGCGUGCGGGAUUAGCGUUAUGGGCUAUUAUCCGUUUGGGCUGUACUAUGGCAUGCACUACAUCCUCAUCGAGCUCUCCACGCCCUUCGCCAAUAUCCACUGGUUCCUCAACAAGCUCGGCCUCGCUGGAUCACGGGUCCAAGUUAUCAACGGCAUGCUGCUCAUCACGACGUUCUUCACCUGCCGUCUGGUGUGGGGGUCAUACCUCACGUUCGUGUUCUUCCGCGACGUCUGGACCGCGCUGCACGCAGAGCAAUCGCACCAGACGACGUACGUGUUGGACGCAAAGGUACAGUCGCUGGCGCUGGAGCACCGGGCGCCGUGGUGGCUCGCGGGGCUGUUCAUGGUCACGAACUCGGUGGUCAUGGGGCUGAGCACCUUCUGGUUUGUGAAGAUGGUUGACACGGUGAAGAGGCAUUCUUCGGGGGAGAGGCAAGGAGUGAAGACGAAGGCGAAGGCGAAGGUCAAGGCGGGGUAGAGAAUGAAUGAUGGUUUUCUUUUGUAUAGUAGAGGCUGUUUUGCUUUAGACAUGUCGUAAACGAAGAAAAAAUAGAAAUGAAUCGAGACGAACAAACUUCCUACCCGGGGCGGUCUCUAGAGCAUGAUUUUACUCC